UACCGAUGAUGAUGAUUUUGUGGUACAUUUGCCAUAAAUCACUGUUAAUGCAACCGUCAACGAGCCAACAACGUCAUUAAAUACUUCGCAAAUUAUUUAAAUGGUCAACCAGAACAUAAAGAUAUUAGCAGAAACCUCAAUUGACUGCAAUACAACAUUUUAAAGUGAUUUAAUAAAAAAGAAAAAAUUAAAAAAAAAAAACUCCCUGUGCGUUAUGUCCUUAAAAAUUAGUGAAAAUCUUACAAACUCCCUAGUCUCUGCACUCAGCAAUAAUAAUAGUGACAAUAAUAACAAUACAAAUCGUAGCUCAACUUCUCCCGCCUCGUCGCCAACAAAUUUUGUGGCAAAAUUACCACAAAUAAUGCAUCACCAUCAGCAACAAACGACGGCAACACAUCAGCACCCAACGCCACAUGCCACCACCAUGAUGAUGUCCUCAAAAACUCCUUUUUCCAUUGAACAUAUUUUAUGUCAAAAUUUAAAUAACAAUACAACAACAACAACAAAUAAUAAUAACAGUAGUGCCAUAACAAAGUUAAAAAAUUCCUCAUUAAAAUCUUCCUCGACGGGCUCCGUCAAAUCAUCAAGUCCCGACUCUGCUCCAACUAGUGAUAAAUUAAAUAAAUCUUCUACGCCAACAUCACUGCCUUCAGGUGAUUACAGUUCACAUGGCAAUAAUAUCUCAAAAACUCCUAUGGGUGGUAGCAGCAGUGGCCGCCAUGAACAUGAGGAAUAUUCCAGGAUUAACAACAGAGAAAGGUCCUCGAAAGCAAAUGAAAGGCAUGGCUCUUCGACGAAUACACCAACUUCGACCCCAAAUUCCUCCUCAAUACACCAGCAGCAACACAACUAUCCAAGUGCACCAGCGCCUCAUCAUCCCCAGCCGACGGUGAUGUCCACACCAACGGCACAGCAUCCACAACCACAUCCACCGCCACCACCACCCAGUAAUGUUUUAUACCCGAGUGCGGCAUACGGUGAUCAUCAUGGUUUCCUGCAAAUGACUUUGGGCUAUUUGUCACCCUCAUCGGGUGCUUACAAAUCGGUGGAUCCCUAUUUCCUAUCACAAGCUGGUCUCUUUGGUGGUGGCCAUCUAUUUGCCGGCGGUUGUAUGCCUGAAUUGGCCUUGGGCUUGGGCAUGGGUGUCAAUGCUUUGCGCCAUUGUCGUAGACGCAAGGCACGCACUGUUUUCAGUGACCCUCAAUUAUCGGGUUUGGAAAAACGUUUCGAGGCCCAAAGAUACUUAUCGACACCCGAACGCGUAGAGUUGGCCACUUCGUUGGGUUUGAGUGAAACCCAAGUGAAAACUUGGUUUCAAAAUCGUCGCAUGAAACACAAAAAGCAGCUGAGAAGGAGGGAUGUCAUGAAUGAACCAGUUGACUUUUCUCGUUCCGAAGCGGGUGGAGGAGGAAAUAACAGUUCAGGAGGGGCAGCAAACAAAAAUGGCUCCCUGAAUUCAUCAUCAUCUUCUUCGGGAUCCUCUUCGGUCUCAUCACAAAUUUCCAUGCAUAAUGCAAAUGGCACGGGUGGCGGUAGUGCUUCAACUGCAGCCAAUGGUCUAAGUGAGGCUGCCAAAGCAACAACAGCUCCUCCUACGCAACAUCAUGCAGCAACAGCCGGCCAGCAACAUCAUCUGCAACAUCAUGCCGCCGCUCAUCAUCAACAUCAGCUACAAAUGUUGCGCAGCAUAUCCAAUAAUGGCCACCACCCCCAUAUGGAUGGGGUCAAUGUGGGCCUUGUGGGUGGUGUUGGUGGUGGUGGUGGUGGUGGUUUCCUGCACAACGACUAUUCCACCGACGAUUAUUCCGACUUGGAGGAUGAAGACAUGGACGAUGAGGAGGGCAGCGAUGUCGACAUUGUGGGCGAUAGCAAACUGUAUCAAUUAACGUAAUAUUUGGGAGGUGCUGCUGCUGCUGCUACCGGCAUAAGGGGCCCUAGCAUUGGCCCCCAAUACCGUAGAUAUUUUUAAUUGAAAUUUUUGUAAAUAUUGCACUCACUAUUUUAGCCAUAAAGCGUACACUCGCCGCCCUCAAUCAUCAACCAUAUUAUAAACUACGAUUAUGAUUAUUAAUGCAAUUAAGUUGAGUAUUAGUAUAGCAGUUAAUGGACGAGUGUCUCUAGUCAUUUUAGUGAUAAUUCUAAUUAAGUACCACAUUGCAGAUAAACGUUCAUUGCAAAGAAAUAAAAUUCAUAUAUACAUACAAUACAAAACCUUAGACUUAAAACAAAAACAAUAAUAAGAAACUUCCAUGUUU